UUAUCAAUGUACUGAUACAUAAAUUCAAACUAAAGUGAUAAAAUUGAUAUCUUAUUGCACCAUUUUUUUCAGAUCUAAUCGAUGGCGAAUUUUCCUUCUCGCUUGCUCUCAAUCAACAACGAUGAGUCUUUCGUAGCUCCUCUCAAUGCUUCUACUCAAACUAGUGAAAAUGUCCAAAGGAUGGCGCAUGUGGAACGUCUUAUUGUUGAACUUCAAAUGUCUGAUCUCCGAGAAAACGCUCUUCAUGUACUCUCUAAGUGGACUGGGUUGUUCAAAGAACUUGCACCCCUAUUAUGGAAUUCCUUUGGCACUAUUGUGAUACUUUUACAGGAAAUACUUUCAAUAUUUCCUAAUAUUUCAAUGGAAAAUCUUACUGCUGCACAAUCAACUCGAGUGUGCAAUGUUCUUGCACUAUUUCAGUGUGUGGCAUCUCACUCUGAUACAAAGAUGUUAUUUAUCGAGGCUAAGAUACCUUUGUAUUUGUAUCCCUUUCUUCAAACAACAAACAAGUUGCCACAAUUUGAACAUUUGAGGCUUGCUAGUCUUGGAGUCAUUGGUGCACUUGUAAAGGUUAGCACUAAAGAAGUGAUAACUUUCCUUCUUUCAAGCGAGAUAAUUCCUUUGUGUUUGUGCAAUAUGAAAAUUGGAAAAGAAGUAUCAAAAAUGGUAGCAACAUUCAUAAUUCAAAAAGUUUUGGAAGAUGAUGAUGGCUUGGCUUAUAUCUGCGCUACAGUAGAACGAUUUUUUGCAGUAGCACGUGUUUUGGACAUGGUGUUGAAAAGUAUUGAGAAACAACAUGCACCUCUGAAGACUGGGGUCGUGGUGACGCCUAUAACCAUGGGUGUUUGA